CAGUCCGCUAGUUCCCUUCUAGAUACAUACACAAGUUUUUGUUUUGAGGUAUUGAUAAUGGCUGUAAAGGAACUGACUAUACUUGUGGUGUGUUCUUUGAUUGUCUGUACUGGGAGUGAAAUCUUCACUUCAACAGAUAAAAUUUCACAUCUUUUUGAGGAGGAGAAAUUCCUUCUGGAUGCCUUCAGUUUGUACAUUGAUGCUGAAGAAGAAAUUGUAAAGAAAAUGAAGAGAGAUCUUCUCCUUCUUCAACUGGGCACAUACUCAGACCCUGUGGACCCUGAGCAAAUAAAAGACCCCGUGGCAGCUUUCAUCCUCCUUAUACGACUGAGAUCUGAAUGGAUGAGCAUCGAAAAAUACACCUCGAGGAGUCUUUCUGAAUACAACGUGUAUCAGACAGUGCUGGAAUAUGCAGAGAUCCCACAGGUAGAGGAUUUGCAGGGUGCAGCUUUAGGACUGAUCAGUCUGCAAGAGCUCUACAAACUCUACCCACACAACAUCACAAAGGAAACAUCUUUAAAUGCAGAUCAAGCCUACUUUGUUGGGUUUGUGGCUUAUAACGAAAACAAAUUCCAGCAUGCCUUUCUCUGGUUUCUGUACAGUCUGGGCAGAUUAGCAGAAUACUCAACCGUUACUGAGAAAGAGUUGCUCCAUUACCUUAGUGACUCAGCCUAUCAUUUUGGCAGCCUGCCUGUGGCAAUCUACUUCAGCCAACAGCUUUUCAGUCUGGACCCAACUAACGAAGAAGUCAAAGUUCAGCUGGACCUGUAUAGAUUCCUUCGCUACCAGAAAACAUCAAACAAAGACAUAUUCACUCUGAUCAAUGAGUCAAGUAACUCCUAUGAGGCACUGUGUAGAGGAGAGGUUGAUGAGAGGACCUCCAAGAGGCAGAUGGCGCUGUCCUGUAGGUACAGCACAGGUGGAGGAAACCCCAGACUGAUGUAUGCACCAGUGAAAGAGGAAGUGGAGUGGGACGAGCCUCGAAUCAUCAGAUAUCAUGACAUUAUUUCAGACAGAGAGAUAGAGAUCCUGAAGAAUAUCUCCAGACCUCUACUUUCUAGGUCUGAGACUAUAGGGGGAGUGACAAAUAUCCGUACUUCUCAAAGUGUUGUCCUAGAUGAAGGUCACCCAGUGGUUGCUCGUGUCAAUCAGAGGAUUGCAGAUAUCACAGGACUCUCCAUGAAAUCAGCUGAACACCUGCAUGUUCAGAAUUAUGGCAUUGGUGGCAAAUAUGAACCACAUUAUGAUGAAUUGUAUACUGAGAAUGGGAGGAUUGCUACGUUCUUAAUUUAUAUGAGUGAUGUGGAGAUAGGGGGCUCUACUGUGUUCCCUAAAGUUGGAGUUGCAUUGAAGCCAAAAAAAGGUUCAGCCGUGUUAUGGUACAACCUCCGCAAGAAUGGAAAUGUGGAUUUGAAUACAGAGCAUGCUGGAUGCCCUGUGUUAAGGGGAAACAAAUGGGUGGCUAAUAAAUGGAUCCAUGAGUAUGGACAGGAGUUCAGAAGACCCUGUUCUUUGUCAUACUUGAGGUGAAAAAACCAUGUAGAAAUCAUAUUAAGCGUAUCUGUACUAUAGUAUCUGUUACAUUUAUCAUGUAUCAUAUAAUUUUUGUAUAGAAUCUGUAUAAUUUAUACUGUAUUAAAUUUAACUGUGAUUUAUUACUGUUUAUGUGCCAGUAAUGUUAAUAAUAAUUGUAAUAUAUAAUUAAAAAGUGCAAUAAUUGCAAGAGAGUAAAGUAAAGUUUUAAUAAGAUAUCAAUGGAUAAUCACUUUACCUGAAUGGAUCAAUCGUAGCAGCCAGUAAAUAUUCCUGUAAAUGAGACGCUACUGUGUUCUGCGCAGUUGUAUUUAAAGCUGUUUCCGCUUCAGUCUGUGUUGGAAUGACAAUUUAUAUGUUUUACAAGUUUUGUGGUAUGCAGUUGUGUAAUGUGUUGUGCUGGUAGGCAGUAUGUUUGUAUAUGAAGUAUGUAUGUAUGUAUAUGAACUGAGUUUUUUGUGUGUGAACAUGCAGAGAACAAGCCCGUCAACAUACCUAAACAUCACAUGAGAUGUAACUCUCACAGCAACACACAGUAAACCAAGGAUAAUCAUUUUGCAAGAUUUUAAAGAAUAUAACUGUGAAUAAAUCAAUAAAUUAACCCUAUUUAAGGA